AUGGGAGAUUGCAGAUUCCAGGAGCUGAUUGAGAGGUUUCGAUUCGGUAGGAGAGAUCUGUUUGAACUCAUUGAAGAGCUGUCACCGGAUUUACGGUUUGUGUCGGGCCGUAACGCAGCACUGCCACCGGCCUUACAGUUGCUGAUUGCGCUCCGUUUCUAUGGGAACGGAGCUUUCCAAAAUACCGUUGGGGACAUGAUCAGUGUCCACAAAUCUACUGCCUGUCGGGCCAUCUGCAGAGCGUCACUGGCACUGAGCCGCCGCCUUGAGCUUCAUGUUCACCUUCCCACUGAGGCAGAGGCAGUGGGGAUGAAGCAACGGUUCCGCCAGGCCUCCGGCAUCCCGGGAAUCGUGGGCUGCAUUGAUGGGACCCAUGUCAAGAUCCAGGCACCAUCUCAGCAUGAAUAUCUCUUUGUUAACUGCAAAGGAUAUCAUUCUAUCAAUGUGCAGAUUGCUUGUGACGCCAGUUAUAAGAUCUUUAAUUUGGUGGCAAGAUGGCCUGGAUCCACACAUGACGCUCGCAUCCUCCGGGAGAGUGCGCUGUACCGGGACUUCGAGGCUGGUAGGGUGAACGGACUGCUCCUUGGUGACAGCGGCUACUCACUGAAACGCUGGCUGAUGACACCUAUCAUUGCUCCAAGGACUGACCAAGAACGGCGCUACAAUAUCAUCCACUCGGCAACUAGGUCAGUUGUUGAGCGAUGCAUAGGCGUCCUCAAGCGCAGGUUUCACUGCCUUCACGGGGAGCUGCGGCUGCGUCCUGAAAGAGUCUGCACCGUGAUUGCUGCGUGCACGGUCCUCCACAACAUCUGUGUCACCAAGAGGAUCCCUCUCCCCAGGCAGGACCAUCAGCCGGUGCAGGAGGAGGACGGUCUGCAGCCUGUGGUCCCAGCAGUGCAUGGGGACAUCGGUGGCCGACUAAUUGUUAACACCUUAUAA